GCCUGACGUCCAGCCGCCUGCUUUGUCCUCCAUGACUUCUGAUUUAUUUCCGCAUUGUAUCUCGCUGCAGCGUGUCUCUCUGUGCAUGAUAGAUCCUGGAGCUCCUCGCAAUUUCGCCAUCAUCUCCCCCCUUCGCCGAUCAUUUGUAACCGAAAACCAUGGACGAGAAACCACUACCUUGGCCCGAAGCGGAUUCUUCCAUCCCCGGCGCGUUCGGUGCUUCGGUCGAGGAAACCCAGAGGGCCUUUGACGACGCAGCCCCGCGGAUCUUCUCCCCAGCCGGCACCGGGCCUUUUCGUGUGCAGGUGGGAGAAGUCGACGACACAGGGCUCAGAACCUGCGUGCUCGAGAACGACCGCGCCGUCACGGAAUACCUCAAUGCUUCACGCGAGAUCGAAAAGAGCCGCGACUCGUUAACCGGAGCGGUGCCGUCGCCCAAAUCCACCUUCUUUCUCCUGAAUCCUACGUUCGGCUGGGGCCGCCUGAUGCUGUCGGAAACGAGCAUGCGUUCGAUCUUGCGACAUCUGCACGUCUUUCCCGCCUUUCUUAAGCACUUGACCGCGUUCGGCGAGAGAGAGUUUGCCCGCGACGAGGGCUUCGCGGCGUAUGACAUCAAGGAGCACUUGGACGGGCUUCAGGGACGCCAGAGUUUAGAAACUUGCUUUCUGUGGAAAUACAUGCAGCGCGACGACGGAAAUGCCCAACACCCAUGGACCAUCCGCCAGGCCCUCGUCUACCAGAACUUCUCGUGCAUGACGCGGACGAGCACAAAUAUACUCAUCAGGGCGCCUCCCCAGGUCACCAACCGCCUGAAGCACAACUUCAGCACCGGCCCAGAGUCUCGAGAUUCAGUGGUGGCGGAUUGGCUCGGGGUGCAAAAGGUCUGGAUGUCGUGCGGGACAGAGGACUGGCGCCAGGCUCUGAACUAUUAUGACGAGCAGAUCACCAAGCUGUUCGACGUCCUCGUCAUGUUCUCGAUCGAGACGGAGACGGCCGGCGAUUCCAAGAAGGUCCAGCAAUGCAUAAGUUCGAUGAAGGAACUCACGCACCUCGUCGACCAGCUGUUGAGGAUGUCGCAUGUGCUGGGCCUGAACUCCAAAAUCAUAUACUGCAUGAUGAACGCCGCACGCAGGUAUGAGAGCGCAGAGCGUCGUGACGCCUUUCUUGCUUUCGCCGAAACCGUGCAGCUUGAGUACGACUUCCUCCAACAGCUGGCGGGGUCGUUGUUGGCUCGCGGGAACAACUUGUCCCGUCAGUUGCGAGACAUCAUUGCUUUCCGAAACUCCGAACUCAACAACAGGAUAGCAACCGCGACAAGCACUAGCACCGGGGCGGUGGUUGAACUAACAUCAAAGAGCUCCCACGAAGCUCGGAUAGUGAAGGUGCUCACGAUCGUGGCCCUGAUAUAUGUGCCUGCCUCAUUCGCAGCGGUAUGACUGCUCCAUUUGUCGGGUGUUCACCUCGCUAACUCGGGGCCAGGACUUUCUGCAGAUGGGCUACGUUUCGGUGGACGAGGACAGAAACUUCCACAUUGUGGCAAGCAUGGACGUGUGGCUGUGGGUCAUCAUAGCCUUCCCACUGAUCCUGCUCGCACUCUCGGUCCUUCUUAUCUGCGAGGUCUUAGGGAGGAGGAAGGUCGGCAAGGCAGUGUGUCCGGACACACCGGUGUUCACCAACAUCGUCUGAUCAUUAUUGUGUGGACAGGUCGACAGGCAAUCUAACUCUUGCUCGUAGAACUGCGGCUUCGGUUAGAGAUGCGUCUUGGCCCAACGUUUGGAUCGCUCCAGGAUAUCAUCUCCCCGCCAUCGCGGGCUUCUUGGAUGAGCGCUGCAAUGUCUGAAACCACUGUAGAUCUUCAGUCAGCUUAGGAACAAUCAUACCGAUAUGGUGGCG